AAUUAGGGGGAACAAUCGGCUAAGGGUUUUUCCGUUUGUAUGAUUGUUACACCAAAAAUUGUGAAAAGUUCAGGGUGAAGGAGAGGUAAAAGGGGGACCAAUAUAUCUUGUGUCUCAGUCUCAGUGAUUUCUACUCAAUUUCUUCAUCUCCAAACUUGGAAGGUAGUAUCAGAUUUUAUUAGUGUAAAAACGGGUUUUAUAUGUUGAAAUCUCACUCGAUCUGAUUCCUGAUACUACGAUGGCCCAGGACAAAAUUUUAGCACUUACGGAUCAAGUAGUCGCAUCUCUUAAUGUAAUUUUAGAUGCGAUUAAGGUGGUUAGAAAGGAACAGGUCGAGCAGCUCGAUCCUAUGAUCAUCACACAAGCUUCACCUGACAGUCCGCUGUCGGUGGAAUCUUCAUCUAUGGAUGUCGUUGUAUUUAUCAGUAGCUCAUUUGAACUUCCCAGUGACCAAUUGCUUGUGAACAUCUCAAGAGUGUUAAGGGCUGGUGGAACUGUUCUUCACUGGACUUCUCAAUCUGCUACUGGGAAAGUGACAGACUCUUCUCUCAAGGGCAAGUUCCUUCUGGCUGGUUUUCUUGAUGUACUAUCUGCUGAAAAUGGCCAGUCCUUUUGGGUUAUUGGCAAGAAACCUUCGUGGAAGAUUGGUUCAUCCUUUUCUAUUAAGAAAACAUCGCAGUCUCUACCCAAAGUGCAGAUCGAUGAUGAUAUGGAUCUGAUUGAUGAAGAUAGUCUCCUAACUGAAGAGGAUCUAAAGAAACCCCAGCCACUACCUGGUGAUUGUGAAGUUGGAAGCACAAGGAAAGCCUGCAAAAAUUGCACUUGUGGACGGGCUGAAGCAGAGGAGAAAGUGCAGAAGCUUGGACUUACCAUGGAUCAGCUCGAUAAUCCUCAAUCUGCUUGCGGAAAUUGUGGUCUAGGUGAUGCUUUCCGGUGCAGUACAUGUCCUUACAAGGGUCUUCCAACAUUCAAAUUAGGCGAGAAGGUAACUUUGUCUGGGAACUUCCUUGCAGCUGACAUUUAAUUCACAAGAAGUUGAAUCUGGAAUUCGUAAUGUGGUUGGUAUUGCGAAAAGCUAUGCAUACGGUGUAGGUUUUUUGGAUCAUUGGAUGUCAGUGUCUUUAUGCAGAAAAUGAAGUAAAUAAAUUGUCCCGAAAAGUUUCCUUAGAUUGAAAAACAAAAAAUCAAGAACUUGUAUGGUUGAUACAAUUGUCAACUUCGUACAUUUGCAUUCAGAAGUGGAUGGUAUAUGACACCCAUCAAUGUUAUUUACAUGAAUGUAAUUAGUUUUUCUUAAUCUCAUACAUUAUUAAGGGAUGGCUUGGUAGGGUUUUUGAAAAGUUAAAAGUUGUUUUUGA